GUGUCACCAUUAGACUAUAAACACUGGGACGUGGUCUCAGAUGGGAGUCGUUAAUCAAAAAGGUGAAUGAGCGAGCCGGUGAAACAUCAGGGGGUUUUUUUUAUACCAGAAACGAAGCUGUUCGUCUCAUGUUGAGACACCGUAAGGUCGUUUACAGGCAGCUAACUUCGUGUCGUGGCACAGCUAAACAGCUUGCAGACAAAGAAAGCUACUUUUGUGCCGUAAACACUACCAGUGGUGCCCUGUCAAGCUGUCAGUGUCAGGAUGGCUGUUAAUAAAUCCAAAGUCUCAGCCGGAUUCAUAGUAGUAGGUGUCCUGACUGCGUUUUUCGGUAUCGUUCUCGUUUUUGUGGGGCCAGUAAUCAUCGAUGACCAAGUAGUAAAGAACACCAUCAUUGAUCCAAAGAAUGACCUCUCCUACACCAUGUGGAAGGACCUCCCUGUGCCCUUCUUCAUGUCCGUCUACUUUUUUCAUGUCCUCAACCCUGAGGAGAUCCUGAAGGGAGAAAAGCCUAUGGUGGAGCAGAGAGGACCGUAUGUGUACAGAAAGCAGUGUAGGAAGGAAAACAUCACGUUUCACCCCAACAGCACCGUGUCCUACAGAGAGUACCGCAGAUACUUCUUUGAGCCCUCCAUGUCCGUUGGGAACGAGUCUGACAUCAUCACCAUUCCCAACAUGUUGGUGCUGGGUGCAGCGGUGAUGCUGGAGGACCUGCCCUAUGCCUUACGGCUGUUGAUCAGCGCCACCUUCAAGAUGUUCAAGGAAGGUCCCUUCCUGACCAAGACAGUGGAAGAGUUGAUGUGGGGCUAUGACAGCAAACUGGUCGAGUUCCUCAACAAGUACCUCCCUGGCAUGCUGCCAUUCACAGGAAAGUUUGGCCUCUUUGCAGAGUUUAAUAACUCCAAUACUGGUCUAUUCACCAUCCACACCGGGAGAGAUAACAUCAAAAACGUCCACAAAGUCGACUCCUGGAAUGGCCUCACUGAGCUGAGCUACUGGAGGACACCUCAGUGUAACAUGAUCAAUGGAACAGCCGGGCAGCUGUGGCCUCCUUUUAUGACAAAAGAGACCACUCUACCUUUCUACAGUCCAGAUGCCUGCAGGUCUUUGGAGCUCGUGUAUCAGCGAUCAGGCGUGAUGAACGGCAUCCCUCUGUAUCGAUUCGUUGCUCCCAAGACCAUGUUUGCGAAUGGGACGGAUUAUCCUCCAAAUGAAGGCUUCUGCCCCUGCAGGCAGUCUGGGCUGCUCAACGUCAGUAGCUGCCGCUACAACUCUCCGGUCUUCAUCUCUCAUCCUCACUUCUUUAAUGCUGAUCCUGUGCUGCUGGACUACGUGCUGGGUCUUCACCCCACCGAGGAGGAGCACGGCCUUUUCAUUGACAUUCACCCUGUGAGUGCCCACUUACACCCACACUUAAAAGCCGCCACUUUUAAGAAACCCAUCAAGACUGUACCAAAACGGUUAAAAUUGCAGAAGAAGAGAGGCUGGAGGAUCUUU